UCACUCUCUGCUGCCACUGGUGCCCCCUACCCCUCUAAAUAGUACUAAUGGUAAAUAAGGGUUGAAUAUAGGACAGUGAUGAAAGAGUGAAAAAACCUUGUGGAGUUUUCCUGUUUCUGUUUAAAAAAAAAAGCACCUUUGCUGUCCAGGUCUCUUUACCCUUCCUUCUCACUGCAAAACUUUUUCCUCUUCACCUUACACUGUCUGUCAAACUUUGCUUUCUCAUGUUACAUAAUAUAGUCUCCAACACAAAGAUUUAAUAAUAUUCUUUUGUUACAUAGCUUUUGUCUUGUCAGAAUAGAUAGUGAAAUGAACUCAUGAUCUCUUCACAAGAAAACCAAUCUCUUUCUUCAUCUUCUUCUUUUUCAUUUCCAAAUUCUUCUAUGCAUAUGGUAUAUGCAGACCUUGGAUCUCUCUCUAUCAACACAAACUAUGGUGUUGUUUCAAGUUUAGACAAAGAGAGUAAAAAUAGCUAUGCCUUUAAGAGCUUUGUGAUGGAGAAUGGUAGUGUCUUUCCAUUUAUGAGUGAGUGUCUUUCCAAAAGAUAUGAAGAACAUAACAUGGAUGAUGAUAUGGAAGGAAAAGGUUCUUAUUGGAGUGAGGAAGGUGAAAAUAGUGAGAGAAUAAACCAUAAUAACACUAACUUCAAUGAUGAGUUAGAGAACCCUAAUGGAAGUGGCAAAGAGGAAGAUAAUGGUCAAUCUAGUAAAUGUGCAAGAGGGCAUUGGAGGCCUGCUGAAGAUUCCAAGCUUAAAGAACUUGUUGCUCUUUAUGGUCCUCAAAACUGGAAUCUUAUAGCUGAAAAGUUGGAAGGAAGAUCAGGCAAGAGUUGUAGGCUGAGAUGGUUCAACCAACUGGAUCCAAGAAUCAACAGAAGAGCAUUUACAGAAGAAGAGGAAGAGAGACUAAUGCAAGCACAUAGAAUUUAUGGAAACAAAUGGGCAAUGAUAGCUAGACUAUUCCCAGGAAGAACAGACAAUGCUGUGAAAAAUCACUGGCAUGUUAUAAUGGCAAGAAAGUACAGAGAACAAUCUAAUGCAUACAGGAGAAGAAGAUUGAGCCAAAAUGUUUACAGCAGAAUGGAGCAAAAUCCAAGCUUCGGCCGCAGGGACACCGCAACAAUGGAAACAGAAUCAUCACCACCUUAUUUUCUCAAUGGAGCCCCACUUGGGAAUAGUAUGUCCAUUUUCCAAUAUGCUACUUCUUUCCAACAUUGUGCUCAUGGUGGUAGGGUUGAGUAUGGUUUAAAUGUUUUACCUCACAUGAGUGGUGAGAGAGAAGCUAUGCAAGGACCCCUACAUGUUGGUUUGUAUGCUCAACAAGCACCUUUUGAUUACUUCUCUGUUGGUAGAAGCAAUGACAUGGUGGAAGAACCAUUCAAUCAGAUCAGAUACUGGGAUGGCACUAAAGAUGAAUAUCAACAACUAAAUGGUUUCUACCAUCAUUAUCCUCAACAAUAUUUGAUGACAAAGCAAAAUCAAAACAAUCACAAUUUUCACAUUUUCUCAAAUUCAUCAGCAGCAUCAGCAACACAUCAUAAUGCAGAAAACAGUGAAAAAGUUCUGGUUGAUGACACCCCAGAUGCUGUUGAAACUCCUCAAUUUUUUGACUUCCUUGGAGUAGGUGCUACAUGAUCUUCAAAUAAGUCCAAAAAAAGCUGCAGAAUUUUCCACGGAAGUUGCUCAAUAUAGGUGUGGUCCAACAAGUCAUUCAUUUCAGAGGCAAAUAGAAAGGAUAGUUGCUUUAGUUUGGUGACUGUGUCACUUUACUCACGUGGAACCUUUUUCCAACUAUUUAAUUAUUACUGAGAGUUUAAUUUAUUUGAUUA